CCAUGAGGCGGAUAGAUCCCCGCUGUGUAGAUCUGCUCGGCGCUCAUCUAGCGGCUCUUAUUUCUGUGCGGGGCUGUUCUGUUCUCAGCAGCGUUUCUGGUCUGUCUACAUAUCCAGCUGCGCCAGGAACCGGACUCACUAUUUUUUUGGCUUCACCUCCGCUGGCCAAAUCCACUCCGAUUAAUAUCGAGCGCUGCUCGGUUCAAGGGGGAUAAAGACUGAGUUUCAACUCCAGCCCGUGAACGUCACUGUUCUGAGUGGAUACGCCGCUUCAGCGAAAUAAGAGAUUUGUUUGUUUCUUUAACGGACAGCUUUUUUUUUCCCUUUGGCUGCGUCGGUGCUUAACUUAAACUGUGGCAUUUUAUUUUUAUUUUUUUUAAUAAAUCACCUAUUUAUCAACAUUGGUCGAGUCGAGCUUUGAGGGGGCAACACAAGGCGAGAGAGGAGAUUUAUCCAGACGCCUCCCUCUCUUUCUGUGCAUAUAACGUUAUUAAUUUACAGACGCUGAAUUGACGCUGCCGCCGCCGAAAGCUCGCAGCAGCGAUGAAUCAUUUUAACUGACAGCUUUUGAAGAAUUAGCCAGCUUAGCCAGAGACACGAACUGGAAACCGAUGGUGGUUUUCUGCUCACAUACGCAGUAAAAUACCAGGUUUGGGGAGCAGGCACAGCUACAGCUGAUAACACUACCGACUCCUCUGUUGUUUCUCCUCCCUAAAGGGUGCAAAGUGCAACACUUGCCGUCUGGCUUGAAGCUUGUUUUGGUUAAAAGGGGGACCGCUAGCUGCCGUUAGCUAGUCGUUCUGCUAACCCUGGACAGCUCCCGAGAAAGGCUGAGCUAGCUUUGGACAAAGGAGCAACGCAGCGGGGAAAUUUAUAAACACCGGGCACACAAGUCGUGUUUUGGAGCGACAAACAAGGACCUGACAUGAUGUUUCCACAAUCAAGACACUCAGCCUCAUCGCAGCAGCUGAAAUUUACAACCUCUGACUCCUGUGACAGGAUCAAGGAUGAGUUCCAGUUUCUUCAAGCACAAUAUCACAGUUUGAAGCUUGAAUGUGACAAGUUAGCAAGUGAGAAGUCAGAGAUGCAGCGCCAUUAUAUUAUGUACUACGAGAUGUCCUACGGGCUGAAUAUCGAGAUGCACAAACAGGCUGAAAUAGUGAAGAGACUGAACGGGAUCUGCGCACAAGUCCUCCCCUACCUGUCUCAGGAGCACCAGCAGCAGGUCCUGGCAGCCAUAGAGAGGGCCAAGCAGGUCACCCCUCCAGAGAUGAACUCCAUCAUCAGGCAGCAGCUCCAGGCUCACCAGCUGUCCCAGCUUCAGGGCCUGGCCUUGCCCAUGACCCCGCUGCCUCUGGGCCUGAGCCAGCCAACGCUGCCAGCCGUCACCACUUCCUCCGGUCUCUUCUCGCUGUCUUCUCUGCUGGCCUCCCAGGCCCAGCUGGCCAAGGAGGAGAAGGCUUCUCGCGACGGCGUGGACAGCCACCGUGAGGAGGACGGAGACAAGUCUGAUUAGGUCUUGUCUCCAUGCCGGCUCUUUUAUCAUAGAGACAUGAAUUCCCAGAUCUGUCCCUGCAGCCUCGCCCGUGGUUGUCCCCUUUUUGACCUUACUCAACAUGGGGUUUCUUUCUUCCGCGCAGCUUCAGCUUUAGACCCCUAAACUUUCCCCUUCUGGGAAAAGCUUUGGCACUCAUAUUACAGUAACUAAAUUAAAAUAAUAGUAGAUUUU